CAUGCGCGAAUCUUAUCAUUCACUGUGACCCCGAUCGCCCUCCACAACACACCAAGACGGUGCCCGGCAUAGCGCGGAGUACUCGCUCCUCAUCGAAAAAUACUCAAAAACACUAAAACUUACAAACUAUGUUACAAAAAAAUAGCAAUUAUAAAACAGUGAAAAUAUUACACGUCUAAAUUCAAGUGUGAUUUUUUGAAAAUUUAAUUAAAAAUGAAGAACUUUUCGAUAGUAGUGUGUAGUAUUGUGCUGUGCUUAUUUUCGCCGGGAAUUCGCGCCCUAUCUUCCUCCGAAGAGCUAGAAGUGACAGACACAUGUUGCGCACACGGCGAGAGCGCGGCGGUGACGGCGCCGGCCUGCGCAGGAGUCACUCCGCCAGAAGACAUAGAACCUGAGCAGAUGUCGGUGUGCCUUGCAGCGAUAUCCAGCUGUUGUGAGAAGCAGCUCAAAUCCAAAGAAUCAUGUGCAGCAGGGAUGAAGUUGGCCGCAGCCAAAAAAUGCAGCACUGCAGACUCCGAGAUUGGAUCGUCGUGCUGUGAAGAAUGUUCGUUCGGAAGAUGGACAGGGGAGUCUCAGGGUAAGGGGGCGUGUGGGUCUGCACCCUCAGCUGAGGGAGUUAGCCCGUCUACUGCGCUGCGGAAGGGUGCUUACCAUCAGUGUUGCAUGGAAGCUGCAGAAACUCCAGUAACGACAACAGAGAAGAAACCAGAGACUACCACAGAAAAGAAGAUAGAAGUCACUACAGAGAAGAAAGUAGAGAAGCAGAAGUGUGAGAAAGACUCGUGUGAGCAUGAGUGCAGUGAUGAGGGAGGAGUCGUGAGGUGCUCGUGUCGGGAGGGGUUCAGGCUGCAGGGGGAUAAGAAAUCGUGUAAAGAUAUAAAUGAGUGUGCGGAAGCUACGGAUGAUUUGUGUACAGCAGAAGAUACGGUGUGCCACAAUACACCUGGAGGGUUCAAGUGUGUGCCCAUCAAGAAGAGAGAUGUUGGACUCAGCUGCCCUCCUGGAUUCAAGAGGAACCUCAUCAAUCAGGUCUGCGAUGAUAUCAACGAAUGUCAGAUGCCUCGUCCUCCGUGCCCAAAGUACCUAUGUGAGAACACAAUAGGAGGUUACAAGUGUGCUGGGAAGUCAGGGAAGCCGUUCACUGAAGCGGUGCCAGGAGCCGUCACUGAGGCUGCCGUCAGCUCCACUGCUUCACCGAAGAAUGACAUCUGCCCACCUGGCUUUAGAGCCGGGCCUGAUGAUGAAUGCGUUGAUAUCGAUGAAUGCGGAGAGCGGUUGGACGACUGCCAGCACCUGUCCCAGCACUGCAUCAACACUCACGGCGGCUUCUUCUGCCAGGACCACGUCUCCAAGCGGUGCGCCCCUGGCUUCAAGGUCAACAGUGCCACCGGCAUCUGUGAAGAUAUCGAUGAAUGCGAGGAGAGUUCAGAAGAGGUGUGCAAGCGCACUGAAGUCUGCAUCAAUCUACCAGGAGCAUACAACUGCAAGUCGAAAAUAAGCACCUUGCCAAAGUUGACCCCCAAAAUAUGCCAAGAAGGAACCAGGCUUAGUUCGGGAGGAUCCAUUUGUGAAGAUAUUGACGAGUGUCGCGAGGGGAGCCACUUAUGUGACCAGUUCCAGAACUGCAUCAACACGUAUGGUGGACAUGAAUGUCGGUGUAAGAAUGGCUUCGAACUUGACUCCUCGUCUGGGUCUUGUGUCGAUAUUGACGAGUGUGCUUUGAAGCUGGAUAAUUGCGCCAAUGGUCUGCAUUGCCUGAACCUGCUGGGGUCAUUCACCUGCACCAAACGGGCUGUCACCAGCAGCACCACUACCACUACCACCACCAGCCCUCCACUCUAUGAGUACGAGUACUAUGACUCUGACGAAGAAAACUCAACAACAGACAGCGGUUAUCCGGAGACAGUGCCAACAGUGCCGACCACGUCCAGCACCACGACUUCAACGACCACCACCACAACAACCACUACACCAAAACCUACCACCACGUCUACUACCACCACCACCACCACGACAGCAAAACCCACCACCACAUCAACAGCCAGACCCAGAUACCCCCCAUACUACGAAAGACCAACUACCUCUUCUACAACCACACUAAGAACUCCGAGAAGACCAGACUACUACCCCCGAAGACCGUACAAUCGAAGACCUGAGACCAGCACGAGGAAACCGUUACCACCUUACGUACCAGUCAAUCCAGAACCUACUCCUGAAGAACCAACGGAUAGGAGACCUUUACCUCCUUAUAGACCACCUAAUAAUAGACCUUCUCGGCCAGAAACACCAGGUACAAACCGGCCUGAACCUACUCCUGUAGUCCCAGACGAUAGGAGAACGAAUGAGAUCGGAGGAGAGAAACCUAAAGAUGAAACUCCAGACUUUAACAUAAACGACCUGCAUUGCUUGGAUGGGUAUGAAAAGGAUGCUGCUGGAAAUUGUGUUGACACGGACGAAUGUGAACUAGGACAACACGCCUGCAAGAAUACCGAAGUGUGUAUGAAUAGACCAGGUGGAUACAUCUGCGAAUGCAUGACUGGGUUCCGCAGGGAUCCUUCAGGGUACUGCAACGUGGUCACUACUCCUGCGACUGCCAGGACCACUACCAGUACCACCACCACCUCUACAACAACUACAGAAAGAACUGCUGUCGCGAAUCCUGAAUGGGGAUACACACCAGCUAGACCGAGCCGCCCGGAGCGUCCAGAACGCCCAGAACGCCCUGAACGGCCGUACCGCCCAGAUCGCCCGGACCGAAGAUAUCCUCCAGUUUCUUGUGAACUGGGCUUCACUUUCGACGGCAGUGCUGGAAAAUGCGUUGACAUAGACGAAUGCGCUACCAACCAGGCUUCGUGUUCAGCUCUGGAGGACUGCAUAAACGUGGAAGGUGGCUACCGCUGCGAAUGUGGCAGAAGGUGUAGAGGAGACGACAGGUCCACGUACACUCCAGCUCCCACAAGUUCAACUGUUCGGCCAUCAUCAGCCCCUUCGAACGAGGGUCGCAACGUGAUCACAGUGGGAGCACAGUACGGACAGAGAGGGCCUUACUCCCCGCGACCAACGUACACCAGGCUUCCUGAUGUGGGUGCACUGGUAGCCUCAUGUCCUUGGGGAUACAAGCUUACACCAGAGAAGAGGUGCUAUGAUAUCGACGAGUGUGCCCGUAAUGUGUCGGAGUGCGGCCCAGACCAGCGCUGUGAGAACUUCUACGGAGGGUACUCCUGCCAGUGCCCCGCUGGGCAUCGGCUGGUGGGUCAGAACAUGUGCGAGGACAUCAACGAGUGUAUGCACGGGAAUCCAUGCGCAUAUAACGCAGACUGCCUUAACACAUGGGGCUCAUAUCGAUGCGAGUGCCGCACUGGUUUCCGUAACGCCCCAUCCAAUGACAAGGUCUGUGUUGACGUGGACGAGUGCUCUGAAACUCCUGGGAUCUGCAGCCAGGGCUGUUCCAACACUUGGGGCAGCUACCGGUGCUACUGCAAGAGGGGGUACCGGCUUGAUGAUGAUAACAAGACGUGUGUGGAUGUGAAUGAAUGUGAAGAGUUCUCAUUAGUUCGCUUGCGCGGCAAGCUGUGUGGAGGCGAGUGUGUCAACGAGCCAGGCAGCUACCGGUGCGCCUGUCCUGCAGGGUACCGGCUGUCGGAAGAUAGCAGGAGCUGUAUUGACAUAGACGAAUGUGAGACGGGCGAGGCUCGGUGCGCACACGGCAGCGAUGCAGGCUACGUGUGUCAGAACACUCGCGGCAGCUACCAUUGCCACCACAUCGACUGUCCGCCAGGAUACAAGCUGGAGUCAAAGCAUCGUUGCGUCCGCGUGCAGAGAUCCUGUCAGAUUGGCGACUGGACGUGUCUGCAGCAGCCCAGCACUUACAGCUAUAACUUCAUCACUUUCGUCGCUAACAUCUACCUGCCUUCUGGAAGUGUGGACCUCUUCACGAUGCACGGUCCGUCGUGGCGGGAGUCCCUAGUUAGCUUCGAGAUGCGCAUGGUAUCGGUGGAGGCCUCUCCGGGCAUACAACCAGCUGACUUCCGGUGUUUCGACAUGCGUCCAUCAGGCAACAUUUGCGUGAUCUCACUCCUGUGCUCGCUGCAAGGUCCGCAAGUGGUGGAACUUGAGCUCACCAUGUCUCUCUACCAGCGCACCAUGUUCGCGGGCAGUGCGGUCGCCAGGCUCGUCGUCAUCGUCUCGCAGUAUGAGUUCUAGUGAUAUUGUAAUAAAGACUAUUUUAGAACAGCACCUAGCCUUAUUCUUUAGCUUGAAAUAAGAAAAUAGUGAAAUAGUUUAUAGUGACCUUUUUUAUUGAAAUGUUCUGUAAUGUUUAACAAUAUACAUAAAUGUAGGGAUGUUCAGUGUUCACAUAUGUUAAUUAACAGAGGGCGUUCCUUUAAACUCGUUAAUCUAUAUCAUUAAUAGAUUAAAAUAAAAAUAUCAGCAUAGAAAAAUAAGCAAUAAAUUGCAACGUUGCCUUCCUUCAACUACGCGUGCACAGAGUGUUUCUUUUACGUAUCGAUUUAAAAUUUUUGGUUAAAAUUAUUUUUUUGUUUUGGAAUGGUAAUAUUUUUUUAGCAUCUAUGAAUGCUAUACUAUUGCGUGUUAACAGGAACGCCCUCUGUUAGUUAAAAUAAUAUAUUUAUUUUGAUUUUGUAUCUUACAAUGUUAUAUACGAACGAUAACUCAUUCUUCCCUAACCAAUUUUAAUUUAACUUCUCCAAAACAGUAUUUUACAGUUGAAUAAAAUAUUAAUAUCAGCUUGUACUGAACAUCCCUAAUUGUUACAAAGAUGGAUAAAAUAUUGUACAAUUAAAAUUCAAAAUUUGGUUUAUUCUGCAUUAUUGUUAUACGUACGGUAAAUGUAACGACUACUUAAUAUUUAUAGAAUAAAAAAAUCCGGUAUUAAAUACCUAUAAAUUAUGAAA